AUGGACUAUAUGGAACCGCUGGACACGAGAGUAUCUCACAGGACUAAGGGAGAGACAUAAAAUUGUUCGUGGAUCUAAAGCAGAAUGCCCAAAUGUAGGAGAUGUUGUCAUUGUUAAGGGAGAAAACAAGAAUAGAAAUACCUGGAAACUGGGAAAGAUCGUCCGACUUAUUACCGGCAGAGACGGAGUGGUGCGAGGCGCAGAGCUACAAACGGGGAAUGGAAGACUGGAGCGACUGUUGCAACUAAUUUACCCUUUGGAACUUCAUUGCGACCAAGAGGCUGUCGAACGGGAAACUCCACCACUUAAUGCACAAGCGAAAGAAUUCAGACCUAAAAGGAAAGCGGCAGAGAAUGCAGCAGCGAAGAUCAAUAAAGUACUUGCGGAGGAAGAGGAGACGGUGAUAGAUUGA